UGGUCAACGCUGAAGACAAAGGCAACAUUGAAAAUUAUUUUAUGAUAUAUCCUCAUUUUCCUUCAAAAUCCAGCAACAUAAACCAAACCAAACCCACGAUUUCGGUGAAGAACCAAAAAGGGGGAAAAACAAUGGGCGAUCCCACUGCAAAGGGCGAAGACUUCGAGAAAAAAGCCGAGAAGAAGCUCAGCGGCUGGGCCUUUUUCGGCCACAAGUAUGAAGACGCCUCCGAUUUGUUCGAAAAAGCUGCCAAUUCCUAUAAGCUUGCCAAAUCAUGGGAUCAGGCCGGAGCAGUGUAUGUUAAGCUGGCUAACUGCCACUUGAAGUUGGAUAGCAAGCAUGAAGCUGCUGCUUCAUAUGCUGAUGCUGCCCAUUGCUACAAAAAGUCCAAUAUAAGAGAGUCGAUAUCAUGUCUCGAGCAAUCUGUAAAUUUGUUUCUUGAUAUUGGAAGGCUUAAUAUGUCUGCCAGAUAUUACAAGGAAAUAGCUGAACUGUAUGAGCAGGAACAGAACUUUGAGCAGGCUAUUGUUUAUUAUGAAAGAGCUGCCGAUCUCUUCCAAAGUGAAGACGUAACAACAUCAGCCAAUCAAUGCAAGCAGAAAGUUUCUCAAUUCGCUGCUCAAUUGGAACAAUACCAAAAGGCUAUUGAUAUUUUUGAAGAGAUAGCACGACAGAGUCUCAACAAUAACUUGCUGAAAUAUGGAGUCAAAGGGCACCUCCUCAAUGCUGGUAUUUGCCAGCUUUGCAAAGGUGAUGUUGUUGCGAUAAACAAGGCAUUGGAGAGAUACCAGGAAUUGGAUCCUACAUUUUCUGGAACACGAGAGUACAAAUUGCUUGCGGAUUUAGCAGCUGCUAUUGAUGAGGAAGAUGUUGCUAAAUUUACUGAUGCUGUUAAGGAAUUUGAUAGCAUGACCCCGCUGGAUGCUUGGAAGACAACACUUUUAUUAAGAGUAAAGGAGGCCUUGAAGGCAAAAGAGAUGGAGGAAGAUGAUCUUACUUGAGUUGUGUGGAUUUAUCCAAGACUAUGAGUUUCUUCUGAUGCUUAUGUUGUGGGUUUGCUGUAUGGGGAUUGUGUGUGUACUAUAAGAAUGAUACUACUAUCUUGUUUGGUGUUAAAGUGUUUGCGAGAUCCGUGACCAUGAUUUUUGUAACUAAUAUACCAUUUCAUGUUUUUGAUUUUCAUCCUGGAGGGAACAUUGAUUCUGCUAUUGAA